AUACCACGCCAUGGAUGCUUCUGCUUCUGCUCCUCUUCACGUCUCUUCUGGUCUUCUUUCCACUGCUAUUGAAAACACAAGCAUCAGUGAUAUACACAUACCGCCUAUAUCCAGGCACUAGCAGUGCAAUAACAUUGUCACAAAGUGUAUUCAUAGUCCAGACAGCCGUAGAUUGCGUAGGUAGGCCACAGAGAGCAAACCCAUGUGUGCACUGUGUGGCUACUACUACUGUCUCAGACCCUGUAAAACACUAGGAACCAGGGGUCGUUUAAAAGUGACUGAUUUAUGGCUUUUAUUGCUCUAUAAAACGCCUCUAACAUCCUCGCUAGGGGUAAUAGAAAUGUCGUGCGCAUUCUGUACAAACAGGACAGCCAGAAAUGUCAUUUCACGUCUCGUUUUUAACCAUAUUAUGUAGUUAUUGCUGUGAAAAUAAAUACAUCGGUUAACUGGCAAUGUACUGCUUUUGACCUAUGAUUAAGUGUGCUAGACUACUUUUACUCAGGUUUAAUGUUUUUUCAAGUGGGAGCCUAUGGGUUUCUUUAUUAUUAUUAUUAUUAUUAUUAUUAUUAUUAUUAUUGUUAUUAUUGUUAUUAUUAUUAUUAUUGUUAUUAUUAUUAUCUUUUCCUUGUUAUUUUGGCUGCUGAUUAGCAUACAACCACAAUAAUACUUUAAAAAAAGCAUGAGAAAGAUAUUAUAAUCUAAAUGUUGUUAAGAGGCAGCUAAUCUAUUGAAGGGGGUUAACCUUCCACUCUUCAACCACAGCUGACUGAGAUAAGAAUGGGAAGCAUACAGCACAUGACAAGUUUACACAGCCAGGCAGGAUCAGUUUACAUUUUAACAGCAGACCGCCAGUAAUGUGGUCAGGGCUUCAGCCAGGAAUAGCAUGAAACAUUUGAAGGCAGCAACACUCAAAUAUAAUGCCAAUUUUCUUUAAAAAUAUCUUUCUUUUUACAAAGUUGAAAAAAGUUGGACUAUAGUUUAAAAAAAAACUAUAUAAACAUGUAAGUAAACAAAUCAGUUGCAUGUAUUUCUGUAAACAUGACUUUUUCAAACAGUUCCUUUCAGUCUUUUCUUUCAGAUAAUAUGAGUUGUAGCAGGUCCACACACAGUCAGCUGAUUUACAAUGUAGUCACAUAUUUUUAUUGUGGGCCAUAAAAAAGGUCAAACAUGUCUUGCUAGUAAAAGGUAAUGACAUUCCAAUGUUAUUAUAACAGAAGGCCAUGAGAAGAUCAAAUAAUACAGUCAAGAGCAGCAUUUUUGUUAGAAAACGCCUUAGUGGUAGAAUUUGAAUGAUUUUAAUGGUGUUUUUUCAAAUGUAUGCAGGACUUGCUGCAUGUUGUGAGCUCUUUAGUUUAAAGUGAGGGAGUUCAACUGCUUUAACCGUUCUGAAGCGUCCACAUUUAACUUCUCUGUGUCACAAUAAGACUCCCUUGCAGAUAAAUAUGUUUGAGACUCUCUGUAAUGAUAUUGGGUCUGUGACACCCUGUGUUCCCCUGAUGGCUGGUCUGUGACAUCAUGAUGGUGCUCUGAACAGUUGUCAGGUUUUAGACACUGCAGUGGUGUGAUUUCACGGCAUAUAGUUUGGCCUGUUGGCUGAUGUUAUACUUGUAGUGUGAGCUUUUCUAUCUUGUUUUGUUGGUGUCAUCACAAUGAUCAUAAUGAUAUUUGAAUGUAAUUAUUCAAAGCUUUUGUUUAAUAAUUGUUGUAUCUUCCAGAAUGACAAUAUUAUUAAAUGUUAAAAGGACCAACAUGGAAUUUCUUAAUUUUUAUCACCUUAUGUGCUUUUUUGUAGAGGACCCAACACCUUUGGUUGAAGCUGAUUUAUACUGAAAGUGCAUGCCUGACACUUUCAAUCAGGCACAUUUUUUUAUUAUUUUUUUGUUAUUUUCAAAAAAUUCCAAUUAAAAGUUGAAGGCUGAGACUUUUAAUUGAUAGCCUGGGAAGAAGAUGGACAUCAUUUCGAAAUAGACAAAUCUCUCAUCAUUGAACGAAGGCUUUUGUUUAAGCAGCCUGACUCUUCCUGUCCACCUUUCUGCAACAUUAUUAAUUACCAGCCCUACUUUCACAAACCAACCACACCUCCAGAGCAUCUCAACACUUCAGUCCUUUCUGACAUUUAGAUUCACUAUUCGAUAUCAUUGCUGAAAUGCUGCAUGAAUAUAAUCUCACAAAACUGAUGCAGCUGUAUUGCCUAAGUGUAUUAAUGGACCAUAAUGUGUUUCACAGCUGAAGAGCUGUUGGUAAAGCAUGUGCCUUCAUUAAUUAGCAGAUAACCUUUAUAUAAGGAGGAGGCUAACAACAUGAUUGGUUUGCUAUUGUUGUGCCUUAUCCUUGGCGAAUCACCCAUUCUACCUUUGAAUAAUUGAGACAAGUAGAUUUUGCCUAUUUUAUUUUUUCCUUGGUCAGCAACUAGCGACUAGUUUUGUCCCCAAGAUCAAUUGCCUUGGUAAGACAACCAGAGAGAGGGAGAUAAAGGAGAGAGAGAGAGAGAGAGAGAGAGAGAGAGAGAGAGAGAGAGAGAGAGAGAGAGAGAGAGAGAGAGAGAGAGAUUUGUUCCCACAAUGGCGACUGUAGGUAUGCUAAAUACCUCUGGUUCCUUAUCCGGGAACUACCUCUUACUCUGCUAUUGGGCCAUUGGGUCACGUGGUAAAAGUAACUUUACAGGGCUGCUCGCAAGUAGGAGGGCUUUAUGGAGCAGAAAAACGACAAAGCUAGAAAAAUUAUUUUCCACUCUAGAAAUUAAUGAUCAUGAGCUCGUAUUUGAUGGAGUCUAACUACAUUGAUCCGAAAUUUCCUCCAUGCGAGGAAUAUUCGCAAAAUAACUACAUCCCUGAGCAUAGUCCAGAAUAUUACAGCCGCGCAAGGGAGACUGGCUUCCAGCAUCACCAUCAGGAGUUAUAUCCUCCCCGGGCGAGCUACCAGGACCGCCAGUUUAACUGUGCAAGCAUCCCUGAACCUGACACGCCAAGGGGACAUGGAGUACCCCAUUCUGCGCACCUGGUGGUAGGGAAAGGGCAACCUGCUUCCUGUGAAACCCCACAGUUGUCCAUGUCCCCCGCCACCCCACCGGCCGCAACCUCCGCCUGCAACCAAGCUACCCCGGAGCAUCCAAACAGCACAGCCUCCUCCAAGCAGCCCGUGGUGUACCCAUGGAUGAAGAAAAUUCACGUCAGCACUGUGAACUCGGGUUACAAUGGGACGGAGCCCAAGCGGUCUAGGACAGCUUACACCCGGCAGCAAGUCUUAGAAUUGGAGAAGGAAUUCCACUAUAACCGAUAUUUAACUCGGCGGAGGCGCAUCGAGAUCGCCCACACCCUGGUUCUCUCCGAGCGACAGAUUAAAAUCUGGUUUCAAAACCGCCGGAUGAAAUGGAAAAAGGACCACAGGCUCCCCAACACCAAAGUGAGAUCCUCUUCCUCCUCCUCCGGGUCCAACACAAGCUCAGCAGCCGGCGCUGUUGCCGCUACCGCGGCCACUAACACUGGGGCCCCCGACGAACUCUCCGGAGCACAGCAAGGCGAGGAUAUUACCAGGUUAUAAAACCAAGAAGAUCGGGGGUAGAAAAAGAACUGGUUAUUUAUAGAACAAUUAUAUAUUUUGUUUUCGUAGCUAUCUUGUACGGUUUCCUUUAAGUCCACAGUUAUAUAAAAUGCAUGUUAUAUAGCAUGGAUUACUGCGAAUACCGAUGAAUUAUUUUUACGUGACACAGGGUUUAAUUUAUUUGAAGCUGAAUUAAAAUGAUGUUUUUUAUUAAAAAAUGUUUUGAAUGAAGGAAGAAAAAGUAGAAAAAAAUAUACAUUUUAUCAAAAUGUUAUUGUGGGCCAUUCUUUUGCCCUGCUGCCCAAUGUGAAAUGCACAAUCUAUUUAUUUCAAACAACACUGGAAGGAAAUCAAUAUAAUAAUAGUUAUUUUUGGUAUAAAAAAGCUGGAACACACCAUUGAUCUUGAACUUGAAUGUUUUGGAUAAAAACAAUGUGUGAAUUACCUCGUGUAUUUCAGAAACAAUAUUUUGAUUUACAUUAGUUUUGUGGUGUUGAUGUUGUGUUUAUUAGACCGUUAAAAAGCAGAUUAUUGUGAAAUGCAAUAAACGGAGUGUAGUGUACUUGUGCUAAUCAUAUUGGUCAAUAAAACAGUGAGUGUCUACUAGUUUUAAAUACGUUUGGUCGAACUUCAUUUUAGGCAAGAUGAGGUCUGCUAUAGUUUUUGAUUUUUUUUUUUUUUACGGGAUCACCCCAAAAAAUUUACAGAUGUGUGAAUACUUGAACAUUUCAUGAGGGAAACAAGAAUCACUGUGUUUUCAAACUGUGUUUGUAAAUCCUGCAGCUCAUUCUUGCAUCUAUGAAAUAGCAAUGUGUGUGUGUGUGUGUGUGUGUGUGUGUGUGUGUGUGUGUGUGUGUGUGUGUGUGUGUGUGUGUGUGUGUGCACGUGUAUUUUAAAGCCUCAUUUAUAAUGGACUGAAGUUAUUUCUAAAAAGUGAAAUAGUUUUCGCUGUGCAUUAUGUGCAACCUCAUCAGUCUGAAGGGCAUUCAAUUAGCUCUAUGGAGAAGCACUGAGGCCCUCUGCACUGCCUCUGCCAGUGCUCCCCACAUCCUGACUUGAACACAAAGCUGCAUGCGUUUAAUUUAGAGGACAUUUGUAAAAGAUUAUUGUUGUGAAAAUAUUCUUAUUCAUUUUGUUACAUGAGUAGCUUCCCUGCUUUUCUAUAGUUCACUGCUCCAUGCGGCUGAGUUUUCAAAUGUAAAGAAAUAAAAAAGAAAUAAAGUUGUGCAGAUAGACUCAAUGUAAUGCGUCAUGUUGUGUUGGGAGUAAACUGGCUGACCUUUGUUAUCAGCCUCUGUAGCAGUGCCUUGGCCAAAAGAAAGGAAUGCUGAUGUUUAUUUGUAUGUUCACUCUUUGGCUUGUGCUUGUGUAAACAC